AUGGAUAAGUUCCGCUCGUUUGCCAUAAAAGCAUUGACGACGUCCAUCUGCAUAACGGCUGCCUUCUUUCACGAAGGCUCGUUCCGCCUGUCCCUGAGUGCCGCUCUGCUGCUUGCAGUUUCGUUUGACAUGGCCGUGCUGUUAUAUUUCCAGAUGAAAAGGCUGGAGUACAGAAGAAGGUUCCUAAGAAAGACAUACGAUCCCAGAAACAGGGUGCUGACAGGCCUCGUCCUUUGUGAGGUUCUGUGCCUGGUGCCAUUCUACUAUCUUUCUGGAUACUGGAAGACUAUGCUGGUGAACAUCACCCUGGUGAGCAGCUUCAGCGCUCUUCCCAUGCUCAACUCCUCUGGAAGAAGAACAAUACAGCUCGAGCGUAACGAGGAGUUCUUCAAAAUAGGGUUUCUUAGGGUGGAGCAUGUCGAGAAUGGAGACGUGUGCCUGAACAAGGGAGAGGUGGUUCAGAUCCUGGACCACAGCGGAGGAAAUACUACCGUCAGAAAGUCCGAUGGGCGAGUAUUUACAAUAGAAGAGUCCUACAUCGACGACGGGAUCGACAUCGUCCUGUAA